AUGAAAUACUUGUCCGCUUAUCUCUUAGUUGUCCUCGGUGGUAACGCCACCCCAUCUGCUGCCGAUGUCACCAAGGUUUUGUCCUCUGUUGGUGCUGAAGUCGAUGCCACCCGUGUUGCUGCCGUCGUUGCUGAGCUCAACGGUAAGAACAUUACCGAACUCAUUGCCUCUGGUAUGACCAAGGUUGGUUCCGCCCCAGCUGCCGGUGCCGCUGCUCCAGCCGCCGCUGCUACCACCUCUGCUGCCCCAGCCGCCGCCGCUGCUGCACCAAAGAAGGAAGAAAAGAAGGAAGAAUCCGACGAAGAUAUGGGUAUGGGUCUCUUCGAUUAA